AGUUUCAUCUUAUUUGUGACAUGCCAAUCUUUACCUUUUGAGCUAUGCAACAGUUUAAAGGUGGUGCCAUUCCCAAGAAUAGAAGAAACACCCAAAUUUCAAAAAACGUCCUACUCCUAAAGAAAAAUGAUUUUCAUAAUGUCAAUGGCGGCACAUGCAUGCCAACACAAAGUGAAAUGUCGACGAUCAAAAGAUCUGAUCACCUAAAACAGUUCAAGAGAAAUCUGGAAUUUGAUGCAGACAUGUCAGAUGACAUGGUAAAGGAACAUCUCGAGGCAACAUUUCCUUACUUGAAAGGCAGGAGAUUUUCUUGUGCAGCUGUUGUUCGAAUUGACAGGGAUCGCUCAAAAUUUGAGUAUUACGGACAUCCUCGUGUUUGGGAUUCCAAUUUUAUUAGGACCAAGAUAAAAGGAAACUCGACCCUUUACUUAUUGGAGGGCUGGAAAUCCCUGUAUAACACAGCAGUUUAUGUGCUAAAAAAGUUAAUACCAUCUCUUUUUCAUGAAGGUUUUGAUGUUGCCAAUGUUAAUGGUGCCAUUAGUGACGAGCAGCAGAUACUAAAUGACUCCACAAGCGGAAUCUCAGAAAGUGAUAACGUGGUUUCAGAAGACGAUUUUGCGAGUGGGUUACAGAAUCUGGAUAUCGUGUAUCCUCACGACGUCCAAAUUAAUCCUGAACGGAGUCAUCAAGAGGGAGGAGGCCCUUGCGUCUUUAAGUUCACUCCAAAGCCGUCAUCAGACGUUACAUCAGUUUCUGCCACCUUUGAAUCUAUAGAAGAAAUUUCACUGACAAAGUUGCCGAAUGAUGUUGAAUACUUAGGCUUCAUACCAGUCUCAAAGGAACCGGGUUGGGUUACUAUCACACUUCGUGCCGACCAGAGUCCAUACGAACCUGUUUUGGGGCGCACAAGAAUAUACUAUGAAAGAUCUCCCCGUGAAGAGUUUCUCGAGGAGAUUGUUUUUAACUUUGACGAACAAAAAGAGUUAUAUGAGACGCUCAUUCGUCGUAGAAGUGGAAGCUCUGGAAACCGUGAAAGUGGAGACAGUGGUGGCGGAAACAGUGGAGGUCUAAAUAAAGGAUAUGGAAAACAAAUCAGUGAGGCUUUUGGAUCCUCACAGCUACCCCAUGUGUUGAGCAUCCUGAUUUAUACAGCAGCAAGACAUGGUGCUAAGGAGUUCAUCGAAAUCGUCUUCAAUUCCUCUGCUGGAGGAGUGGUAUUUAAUUCUUACAAGGACAACGCAACUUUGCCAGAGUCUGUUGCGAGGGAUUCUGGUAACGACGAGAUUGCAAAUUACCUUGAAGAAAUAACAAAGAGAUUCUCUCAAGAGAUUCAGAAUGGUAAACAGUUUAGUCAAACAGUGGAUUGGUUAGAGCUCGUGAAAGCUACUGAGGAAGCCCAAACGAAGAUGAAUCAGGAUACUGACAAAAAACACGCCAAUCAGGUGGAAAGUGGCUAUUCUGCGGAUAUUGACUCAUCAUCUAGUGCAGUAUCUGACCAGGAAGACUCUGAUUGUGGAGUUCCUCCCAACUUGGACCGUGGUGAAGAUGAAAUCGAGAAGGAAAGUGUUAUCUCAAAGGGAAGCAGUGAAAAAACCUUUACGUCAUCCACAGUAAUGUCAAGGCGAACUAAAGAUAGUGCUAGAGGUUCCAUUGUUGGGGAGAUUGACGAAGCAGCCGAGGAUGUCAAGACGUCAUUGGAUUCUUUUGAGACUACAGCUAUGAGCUCUUGUGGGAACUUUGCCUUCAUUAACAUUCAGUUCGGAAUUCACAGGGGAUCCCUUAGGGAACCAAAAGCGCACAAUGGUCAAGUAAGAGGCGUGGCUAUUGACAACAUCAAUCAACAAGUGAUGACUACAGGAGCUGAUUGUAAGUUAAAGUUUUGGAGUGACACAGGAACAGAUGCUGAUAAAGAAUUUGGUGACGUAAAGGAGAUUACAACUGAGGGAAAUCAUACAUCUAGUGCCUCUGACAACAGAGCUGAUUACAAGAACCUUGAUCAGAUCUCUGAUGGACGUGCCCCUCCGUCUUUUCUCUCAAAUUCAAGAUGGCGACUUACCAACAGCUCGACGCAAAUUAAGAUUGGGGAACAAACAACAGGAGCCAUCAUAGCUGCUCCCUUCUUUUUGCCCACCACACAGGAACUGGUGCCUAAAUUCUUUCAAACUGAAGAAGAUCAAACUGAUGAAGAGGAUGCCAAGCCCAAAAUUCCAGACAUGAAACAACUUAAGCAAUAUGGCCACGACCUUUCUCGGCGAAAUUGCUGCGUUUUAUAG